CCCCGAUGUCCCGGGGUGGGUGCGGGUGCUGUAGCUGCCGUCAGCUGUCGCUCGCUCCCUUCUCUGCCUCGCUGCUGCUUCUCCCUCCCGCGCUCCGCCCUCUCCGUCUGAAGAUCACACCCACAGCCCGUUUGCCAGCGGCGGACGGAGACCGGGCUCCCCCCCUCCGCUCUCUCUUCCUCUCCCCGCUUCGAUGUCUGUAACUUUCUCGCUCUGCACCAACUUCCUCCCGGCCAGGUUUCCGCGGGCUGCGAGCCAGGCGUUCAGACGGCAACGGCAGCAGCAGCAGGAGAAAGAGGCAGGCUCGCUGCAGGCUGCUGUGCUCGCCCCGUCGGGGCUCGGGGUCAGGAGGAGACGCAGCAGCAGCAGCGGGUGAUGGGGGCCGAGCGGAGGGGCGCCGGUGGGGUGUGAAGAAGGCGGCAGCGACCCACAGCUCUUCUCCGGGGCGGCAGCAGCGAGGCGACAGCCGCGGAAACCGACGGGGCGGCCAUGAGUUCGGUGUGGAAGCGGCUCCAGCGCGUCGGCAAGCGGGCGGCCAAAUUCCACUUCGUGGCCUGUUACCAGGAGCUGGUGGUGGAGUGCACCAAGAAAUGGUGAGGCUGGGUGGGGCAGCGGGGCCGUGGGGUGGGGGAGAGGGAGAGACGGUGACUCAGGGUCUUGUGAGUACACGAGGAGGGUUUUUUUUGGGGGGGGUCUGGACCCAGGAAGUGGAGAAAGGGGCGGGGAAUGCACGAGCAGUGGUGAAGGGGCGGGGUAGGGUUUCACAACUGCCUUUUAAGGUAGGCCGGUGUUGCUAAUAAACCCAAGGGAUAUAAUAUAUUAUCAUCUAGAAUCGUAGAGUUGUUAGGGACCACGAGGGUCAUCUAGUCCAACCCCUUGCAAUGCAGGAAUCUUUUGACCAUCUUUGGGCUCGAACCAACAACCCUGAGAUUGAGUCUCAUGAUCUACCAACCGCAUUCUAUUCUAUUCUAUUUCAUACUUUGUACGCACAAGAAUACGCUAAAGCCUUCGAAUUAUAUCUUGGUAUAAUUUUUUACAACGGCCCUGUGUUCAUAAACCUGUAUUGUAGGUGCAAAAGGUUGCGAGGGGAGGGACAGUUUGGGGGAAGGGCUCCUUCAGGUGAGGGGCAGUGGCAUGCUUUGCGUUUUAAAAUGUCCCAGGCUGAACCUCGACAUUGCUAGGCAGGGCUGCAAAAGAGAGUUGUCCAACACCCUGGAGAGCUGCUGCCAGUCAGUGUGGACAAUACUGAGCCAAAUGGACCAAUAUCCUGUCUUGGUACUAUAAGGCAUUUCCCCAGGUCCCUGUUUAAUUCUGCAUUUUCUUCACAACCAUGAGAACUAGAAGCUUACUUUAUCUUUUAUGGGAAGGACCAUAGCUCAGUGGUAGAGCAAUGCUUGUUGUCUUUGUCUUGCUUAGUAACCUUGUACUGUAGUUCAUUGCUUCUUAAUUCAUAUUGUUUAUAUUAUCGCUUGAUAGCACUGUAUUUUUACGGUUGUACACUCCUCUGGUUUAGAAAAAAAUUAAAAUAAAUAAGAUCGUAGGACUGACUGCAAUCAUUUCCUGGUAAGGCUGGGAAAUGUCUUCAGACCAGGAGAGCCAAAGGCCUUAAUGGUAUCAUUAGACUCAUCUAACUCUGCACUGGGAUAAUGAAAGUUGAAGUCCAAUAACGUGGGGGGGGCAAAGUUUCCCAUCUCUGGUUCAGGCCUGACUCUGCAUUAAGGCAGUUUCCUGUGUCGCUUUUGCGUGCCUAAGGAGAUACCUAGGCUUUUCAUGGCAAUGAUGAGAUUUGCACCAGGGGCCGCCGGUUCCUGUGCAGGCCUUUUUAACCAGUUUGCAUUUCACAAGUUGUGUUCUAGGUUACGGGUAGAAGCUUGUGCACCAGGAAGUGGUAAAUGGAGGUGAAAGGGAAUAAUGUUUUUAUUGAUUUAACCCAUUUACGAUGUUGCUAGUUUCCAAGUAGUUCAGAGUGGUUUGUGACAUAAAAAACAACAACUCUGUGCAAUCAUGAAAACAACAGGAGAGGCAAUUUUUUAAAAAAUUGCAUUUAAAAGCAAUCUACGUACUGAAUAAGCCCAGAAAAUGACCCAGGUUGGACAAAUGCCUGUUAGAAGUGAAAGAUGAUAAUAAUAAUAAAAAGAAGUGAAAGAUGAUUCUAUGUUGAAACCCAUCUGGAAAAGGUCUAGCGAAUUCUGCCACAAUUACAGAGCAAUCAAGGGUGGAAAACCUGCAGGACACAGGUGGCCCAUGCAGGGGGGGGGGAUAUCCUCAUCCCCCCCGAUGUAACAAUUAGGUUUUCUAUGUUUCAAUUUUUACUCCAUUAGCUGCCUUGAUUAAACACCGUUUAGUGGAACAUUGAGAUGUGAAUUUAACAAAGGAAGCAAAUAAAUAAUAACAUGCAUGGCGUUUAGGCCUCUGUCGAUGGGUGGGCUUUGCAAAACUUUCAGCUCUGGCACGUGGAAUCGAACUCGGAAGCAAAUGGGUAAACAAUGCAACUGGUGCUAUGCAGAGCAGACCGAAAUCUGUUUUUUGUCACACAGUAGCUGUAACAGGAAGACGGGGAGCUGCGCUCUGCGCCCGUUGAUGCUUCUGCGCUGUCUUCAAGGGCAGACCCACGCAGAGCAUGUACUGAGGCAAUCCAGCUUGGAAAUUGCAGCGACCAUGGUAUCUUGGCAUGUUGGGGGUAGAAUGAGGAUGGUUGGGUGGCCACGAUGCUAGGAGUAAUGGUGAACUGGAAAAACGGGAAAAGAGGGGAUUGCAAGGGGCCUCAGGCUCCAGGCCCACCUCCUCCUCUCUGGCCACCCACCCCCUGAGUGCUUUUGACUGGCAUGAGUAAUUACAGUGGUACCUUGGUUCUCAAAUGCCUUGGUACUCAACUUGGAACCCAAACACUGUAAACCCGGAAGUAAGUGUUCUGGUUUGCGAACUGUUUUCGGAAGCCGAAUGUGCUCCGUUUUGACUGCCACACUUCUGUUUUGAGUGUUACACUGAGGUCUGUCUGUUUUUGCUAUUUAUUUUGCGUUUUUGUGGCUCUUUUUGUUUUGUUUUCGUGACUGUGUGGAACCCAGUUCAACUACUGAUUGAUUGAUUGGGUUACUGCAGUACGUUAUUUAUUGCUUUCAUUUUAUGGACCAAUGGUCUUGUUAGAUAGUAAAAUUCAUGUUGAAUUUUAGGGGUUGUUUUUAAAAGUGUGGAAUGGAUUAAUCCGUUUUGCAUUACUUUCUGUGGGAAAGCGUGCCUUAGUUUUGGAACGCUUUGGUUUUGGAACAGACUUCCAGAACAGAUUAAGUUUGAGAACCAAGGUACCACUGUAUAUAACAUUUAGGGAACAUCUGAAGGCAGCUCUGUAUAGGGAAGCUUUUUAAGGUUGAAUGUUUUAUCAUGUUUUUAUAUAUGCUGCUAGCUGCACAGAGUCCCUGGGGCAACCCAGUCAGAUGGGUGGGGUAUAAAUAAUAAAAAUUAUUAUUAUUAUUAUUGCCAGAAUAGGUGUGUGUGGAAACCAGCCUUGUUGCACAAAAGUAAACAUUAACAUUCAUUACUCUGCCCACUUUUGUUUCCAGUUCCGCCAAGUAAUUGCAUGCAGCCCCCAGGAAGGUGCCCAGAAGGGAAAAAGGACCUCUGCCCCUGUUGUAAACUGUACAAGGGGCUAUGUAAAGGGUUACAGGGAGGGGGGGCUUGGUCCAAAUGCAAGAGGGCAGGUUAGAGAUGGUGUCACUGGAGGAGUUCCUUUCUGAUCCCCCUGUCCCCCAAACUCCAAAGUUGGGGAGGGUGGAAGCGCAACUCCCUUGAACUCUAGGAAAAUCUGGUGUCAGGGCUGGUUCAGCUGCAGAUCAGACUCAGAGACGAGCAGUAAAGUUGAUUCACUCUGUUGGGGAGGGCUCCCCCCCCCCACUCUCUGAGCUCUCUGCAAAGCCCUCUGUGCCCAUGGAGACAAGGGAGGAAUGGAGCUGAAUACAGGCUCCUGUAAAUCUGCUGCAGCCUCAGCCCCUACCUCCUCCUCAGCUGCCUAUCCUGUGUCUGCAGCGCUUUCUUACUCUUCUUCCUCUCUCUCACUCAAGCCUGCUGCUUGUUGAGCAUCCAACCAUUCUGCCUCCCCUCCGUCCUCUGACCUGUCUUCCGUGUCCUACCACCACUCCCCUGGCUCUGAGCCUUCCUCUUCUGAGGCUUCCCUAGGGGGUUCUCCUGCCGGAGCCUCCCACCACUGUUCCUUGUCCAAUCAGUCCCUGACAUCUGGUGGUCUUUCUAGGAGGUCGGUCAUCUCAACUGGGUUCCUGCUUUGCCAGUCUUGUAAAGGAGUGAGCCUGAAUGGAUGGGUGAUUCCUGCAGUAGGAAAGCAGCCUCUUCUCUUGGGCAGCAGGUUACUGUGCCAUGCCAAGGACACCAGGGACAGCCAUAGACACGAGACACUGACAUUGCUACCCUGAAAGUUUCUUUGCAGUGGUCAGGAAGGGAAAACAGAACUGAGCCUGACCUCCUUGCUUACUUGCCUGAAGCUGAUUCUUUCUCUCCACUUCACAAGGUGCUGUCUGUGCCAUCCGACUGGAUAGGGCCGUCUGUCUUCCAGGUUAACUGAUGUCACUUGCAAAAUUCCUGUCUUGAGACUCGUGCCUGUCAUUGCAGAUGUUUUUGGGUUAGACGAAUCCCGGGCCUGACUUGGGAUAAGGCAGCUUCCUCUAUGCUGAGCCAUGAGGAACUAGUGGCUGAGUUUGCAUUUCCUCCUCCUCCCUCCCAGUCCCUUUUUCCUCUUGUGUUGCGUCUUUUAGAUUAUAAGCUUCAGAAAGAGCAUACAGUGGUACCUCGGGUUACAAACACCUUGGGUUACAAACACUUCAGGUUACAGACUCUGCUAACCCGGAAGUAGUACCUUGGGUUAAGAACUUUACCUCAGGAUGAGAAAAGAAUUCGCGUGCUGGCGGUGCGGCGGCAGAGUGAUGCCCCAUUAGCUAAAGUGGUACCUCAGGUUAAGAACUGUUUCAGCUUAAGAACGUACCUCUGGAACGAAUUAAGUUCGUAACCAGAGGUACCACUGUAUCUUAUUACUACUGGUCUUUGUAAACUUCUCUGGAAGCCUUCUUAAACUGAAGAGCAGGGUAAAAAUGCUUUAAAGAAUAAAGAAACGGUUAUUAUUUUCAAUCAGUGCUUUGUUGAGAACUAGAGGGCUGGAAUCUUGCUUUAGAUUCAGGGUGAUAAGCAAAAGUCAGCAGCACAGCAUCUGCCUAUGCUUGCAAAAAGGACCCAGGUUAUAGUUCAGCUGGUAGAGCACGAGACUCUUAAUCUCAGGAUUCGGGGUUAGAACAUUGGGCAAAAGAUUUCUGCAUUGGAGGGGGUUGGAUUAGAUGAUCCUUGUGGUUCCUUCCAACUCUACAAUUCUAUGAUUCUAGCAGAUGAGUUAAGUAAGUAGUGGGGAAAUCUUCCUUGUCUCUGGACAACUGUCAUCAGUCACAGAAGGAUGGACCAGUAGAUGCACUUGGUAGAAGAUAACUUCCUAAGCGCUCAACGAGCACAGACAGUGGAGCAGCAUGAACACUCAGGGAAGAUGCUGUUUCUCACUUGCUGAGCUGUGGGCUUUCUGGUUCCUUGGCUGGCCAGAGAGGCACCAGUUUGGGGUGCAGCUAGCAUCUCCCCAAGAAAAGUCAUCUGCUGGUGAUAUCUGUUCAAGCUUCAGGGACUUGAAAGAAUCAGGACGGGCCUCUCAAACCUACCUAGGAUGCUGAUCUUAGAUGAGAAUGCACUUUGCACAUGCUCUGAGUCACUUCUUCCUCCUCUUUUGCUUUGCAAGUUCCUGGUUUGAGUCCUGACAUGUAUGAUGUGCUGGAGGUUUGCAUUCAGAAAAGUGGAAGAAAGAGGAAGAAGAUUAGGGCAGAAGGGGCAAGAUCUGGUGUUCUGUGCUGAAAUACACUAGUUUGUGCUGGCAGGGGCUGAUGGGAGUUGUAGUCCUAAACAUCUGGAUGGUACCAGGUGGGAGAAGGCUGACUUGAUAUAGUUACUUUUUCUUUUUUAAAGUGGUGGGGAGGGGAGAUGCUGGAGGUCAGGCCUACCCCUCAUGUCUAGCCCCCCUGCCCCCUCCCUGCAACAAACUCCACUGGGAGACGAGCCAGUUGCCAGACUUUGGGAGUUCGAGACAGACUGAUACGGUGGAGGAGCAGGCGAAAAAGGACACACACCCCUCCCCUCAUUCUGACAUGGCAAAGGCCUUAUAAGGGACUCGGGAAAUGAUAAAUAUUUAGUCAUUGCAGAGCUAAAAAUGGAAAAGGGAGGGCUGAAACUUCAGGGUGUGUGUGUGUUAGGAUAACAGGAACGCUGCAAAAAAUGGAAACAGGAGGGAGGGAAGGUGGGUUGUCUCAGAUGGGAAGAGCAGGGACCCAGCUGAGUGGGAGUGUGGAGUCUGUCCUCCCCUUGGGGGUAAUCUGACUUCAGAGCUCUUGGAUUCCUCGGAUCUCAAGUUAUUUCCAGUACUUUUGCUGGUCCUCAGCCACACCCUCAUUCCCAUGACUUGACUAGAUUUUUUGGGGGGGGGGACCUUUCGGCCACUCAGAACUUGGCUCAAACCCCAGUACUUUUCUUUCUCUUUCUCUUUUUAAAGCCUUGACUUAAGACUGUUUACCUUCAAUUUCACUAAUGGUGCCAAACUAGGCACUCAGCACAUGUACAGGAACACAUUUUAUUGCAACCGGCCUGAGAUGCUGUGUUGAUUUUGGGGGGCCAUCCUUGGCUCUGAAUCAUAGAAUUUGUAGAGUUGGGAGGGAGGACCAGGGUCAUCUAGUCUAACCCCCUGCAAUGCAGGGAUGUUUUGCCCAACGUGGGGCUCAAACCCAUGGACCUGAGAUGGAGAGUCUCAUGCUCUAGCUAUCUCCAGAGCUCACAGGACCAAGCUCCUAGAACAGGGGCAGGAAACCUGCAUCCCUUCAGAUGUUGGAUUCCCAUCUCCCCGCUUCUGCAGUCGCCUUGGCCAAAUCAGGGAUGAUGGGAGUUGUAGUCCAGUGUCUGAAGAACACUAGGAUAUGGAAGGUCAAGAAGAGUUUAUUAGGAGAGUUGGGGUGAGGAAACGAGGCAAAGCAUCCACCUGCCACCCUGAAACAUUACAGAAACGAUUUAAAUAUAAUUGUAAUUAUCUGAUGUUGGCAUUACAAAAGGAUACAGGUUUACACCCCAGUCAAAGCAGCAGUGCAGGCUGGGGUCAAUGGGAAUUGUAGCCCGAAGCAGCACCCAAUAGGGGAAUAGUCUGCUCAAGACCCUGUUUUCCAGCACCAGAGCCAAACACAGCUGAAAAUGGAAAAAUAAAUAUUGAAGAACAAGGGUACCUCUGGGCAUGCCAAGAGUUUUUGUUUGUUCUGUUGCUUCCUCCUACAUGGUGUAGGACGCAGGUGGUGCUGUAGUCUAAACCACUGAGCCUCUUGGGCUUGCCAAUCAGAAGGUCGGCGGUUCAAAUCCCUGCAACGUGGUGAGCUCCCGUUGCUCUGUCCCAGCUCCUGCCAACCUUGCAGUUUAAAAGCAUGCUAGUGCAAGUAGAUAAAUAGGUACCACUGCUGCGGGAAGGUAAAUUGUGUUUCCUUGUGCUCUGGCUUCCAUCAUGGUGUUUCGUUGUGCCAGAAGUGGUUUAGUCAUGCUGGCCACAUGACCUGGAAAGCUGUCUGUGGACAAACACCGGCUCUCUUGGCCUGAAGGCAGCGAGAUGAGCACUGCAACCCCAUAGUCACCUUUGACUGUCCAGGGGUCCUUGACCUUUACCUUACCUACACAGUGUAGCCUUAGUUGGGUCCUUACACACUGGAGCCUGGGGGUCACCUUGACCUCCAGCCCCUCGUUCCGAGAUUAACCUUUGCCUUGAGGCCUCCUCUCAUGGGGGUCUUUGCCCCUCUGGCUCUCCAUUCUGGGUGAAAGUGGAGAGUCCUGCAAGGCUGUUCUGUGAUGAAGAGAAGGACGCUUGAUGGGUGUAUUGGGUUUCCUCACUGCACCCAGAUUUAACCCAGCACCUGCAGCGGAUUUAUGACUGCUAGCCCCCAGGGGCUAAAAUUAGCCUUUGGACACUAGCUCAGAAGAAUUAUAAAGGAUAUUAAGAUGAAGCUGGGCAUCACUUUCUUCAACAGAAGUGUGUGUGUUUGUGUGUGGUGCACUGUAUGUUGUGAUUGGGAAGCACAGGAGUCUGCGCUCUAAUAAAAGGGCAGGGGGAUCUGCAGCCCUCCAGAUGUUGCUGAACUUCAGCUGUCAUCAGCCCCCAGCCUGCAUGGCCCAUGGUCAGGGGGUUAUAAGAGCUGGGCUCCUGAAACAUCUGGAAGGCCACAAGUCCCCCACUCCCUGGUAUAGUAGGCAGUGUUAGAAAUUAGCCAGGUGCUAAGCGCGUUUUUGACUGGUGCGGGUCCAACUGCGACCAUGUGGAAAUCUGUCGAUGCCAUGUUGGCAACUGGGGGAAAGCAAAAUGUACGGUAACUAAGAGGAUCUGAAAUAUUUUCCUUGAAGCUUGGAUUUGCUUUAUUCUGAAUUGUCUUAUUUGAUGUUUUAGUGUGUUGUAAACUGCUUUGAGAUGUGUUCUUUAAAAUAUAAAGUGUUAUAGAAAUGCAAUGAAAAAUAACAGAAGGAGGCAUCUGGGGAACAUUUAGGGUACUAGCCUAGUCCCCUUAGUCCAAUAAUUGCACACCACUGCUCAGAACAUGCCUCAGGAUCUUCACGUGUUCUUCCUGGCAAAGAGGGAGCCAGGACACCUGGGUCCUUUUCAGAACCAGGGAAGGCUGUUGGGUUACAUCCGGUUUGAUCCUAAACUUCAGGCGGGGAGAGAUGCUUUAUCUGAGGGUGUGUGUGCUAAAGACUCCUGGUUCGAUUUGAGAAAUGAAGGAUCAGGCCUGAAGGGCAGCAGUGGGGCUGGUCUCUUUUGACACCCGUGUUGGCUGGGUGCGACCUGGCCCAGCUCCGAGGAGGAUCAGAGCCGCGCCCGGUGAAGUCUGGGAAGGGGAAGAUAAAGCUUCCCACCGAAAUAACCUCUGUGCUGCUGAGCCAGAGUUCAAGUUACUGCCUGGCCCCAGAGCUUCUUGGUUUCAAAAGCCCACUCCGGAAAGGAAAAUGAGGAAGUCUUCCUUUCCGCUGCCCCACAGAAGCCACGGGUUCCCUUCCACAUGCCAGCAAAGAAGUCAUUUUCUGCCGAGGCUCAGCUCAAGAAGCUGGUGUGGUCCUUGAAGCUUGUGCACCUGACAAAGUGGGCUUCAGCCCACAAAAGCUUAUGCCAAAUUUGGUCAACUCCAUCCCAGGUUGGCAAAGGCUGACAUAUGCCCAACUGAAGGCUUUAUUAGCUUUUAUAAGAUGCUGUUUUUGCUGCAAGAGACUAACCCUCUGUUGAAUUUGAAGGCCUGGGGAUGGCUAGAACAGCCCUCCUAAGCCUUCACUGGUGCUCACGGCUCAGGGCAUUAUAACCUUAAACUCUCUCCUGGUUUUUCAAUUGUGUUUUCUUCCUGUAUAUUUUCAUGUUUCGAUAUGCCUUUUAGUAUUGUUGCAGGCUGCCUCGAGACUUGGAAGUGGGGAGGCAACAUUGAAAUGUUUAAAAUAAAUAAAUGGUGGGAUAUAAAGUGGCAGUUAAGGCCUCAGCCCGUAUGGAGACAUAGGCCGCAAUCAAACCAUACGUUUAAAGCAGUGUGGAGCCACUUUAAACAGUCAUGGCUUCUCCCAAAUAAUUAUUGGAGUUGUGGUUUGUUACAGUGCUGGGAAUUGUCAGGAGACCCCUAUUUCCCCUCACAGGGUUAUAAUUCAUAGUUCCCUGUGAAGAAUGAUUGUUUGGGGGAAGCUACAACUGUUUAAAGUGGUAUCAUAUUGCUUUAAAUGUAAGAUGUGGAUGCAGCCUUACAUUGGAACAAGUCCCACACCCUCCCAAGUGUCCCUAUUUUCCAGGGACAUUUCCGGAUUUAUAGAAACCAUCCCGGUUUCUGAUUUGGUCCUGGAAUGUCCCACUUUUCCUUAGGAUGUCCCUAUUUUCAUUAGAGAAAUGUUGGUGGGUAUGCGACCCCCAAGCCAAGGAGAUACACACUUUAGGAGACAUCUGGAGGCAGCCUUGUAUAGAGAACUGUUUUAAAUGUUUAAUGUUUUAUUAGAUUUUGAUAUAUAGUGGUACCUCGGUUUUCAAACGUAAUCUGUUCCAGAAGGCUGUUCAGCUUCCGAAACGUUUGAAAACCAAGGCACAAGGGGAGAAUUUCAAUUUCAAUGGAGAAAAUAGAAAAACACACAGCGGAAGCCGUUCAACUUCCAAGGUGCAUUCGAAAACGGAAGCAUUUACUUCCGGGUUUUCGGCAUUCAAAAACUGAAACGCUCUGAGACGCUCAAGAACCGAGGUACCACUGUAUAUUGGAAGCCACCCUGAGUGGCUGGGGCAACACAGUCAAAUGGGCAGAGUAUAAAUAAUAAAACAACCACCACCACCACCACCACAAGUUGUUGUUGUUGUUGUAUAGGAUGUCCCUAUUUUUAUCAGAUAAAUGUUGGAGGGUAUGAAGUCCCAGUGAACUCUGAGGAAUUUGCACAGGACUUUGUACUUUGAAUGCUAAUAAAAAAUAUUUUAGAUUCAGGUAGGUAGCCAUGUUGGUCUGACGCAGUCGAAAUAAAUAAAAAAUUGUCCAGUAGCACCUUAGAGAUCAACUACGGUAACAGGGUUUUUUUAUUUACUCAUUGCAUUUAUAUGCCGCCUUUCUGCCGAGGCACCCAUUAAAAAGUACUAACACACACUUGACCACUUCAGUCAACGGACCUGGCAUGGCUACAGAUGCCACAUAGUACCCCUUGUGCAUUUGUAAGUACUCAAUCUUUUAGUGUGGCAGCACCUAACUUGGGAACUCCUUGCCUGUUGGUAUUAGGCAAGCGCCUUCACUGUACUCUUUUCAGCACCUGCUGAAAACAUUUUUGUUCAGAUAAGCCUACCCGGAUAUUUAGAAAGUUUAUGCAAGUCUUAAUCUGUUUUUCGUUUAUUAUUAUUAGGAGGGAAAUAGCGUGGUGGCAAAAUCAGAAGCUGGGCAUUGCUUGUAACAGAACUGAGGAGUAACACCACUGCCCCACACCCCAUACUGGGAAUGCAAUAGCAGCAGUGGUGGGCUAUUAAGCAGAAGAGAUGACAAUGUACCAAGUCAUCCCCUAAUACCACUAGUACACUCCAUAGCUUCCCUUUUCUUCUGAAACCAACUUGGGGAAGAGACCAUCCAAAGAGUUUCUUCUUCAGAAUGGCAUGCAAGAGCAACUUUCCCAGAAGUCAAAUUUGAACUGGAAUGGGGGGGGGGGCACUUGCCACCACUGAAACAGAGUCCAAGAGUAGUAGCAUCAAAUUUUUUUUAAAAAAAACUGUCCAGUAGCACCUUAGAGACCAACUAAGUUUGUUCUGGGUAUAAGCUUUCGUGUGCAUGCGCACGUAUCUGAAGAAGUGUGCAUGUACACAGAAGCUUAUACCCAGAACAAACUUACCGUAAUUCAAUUUGUUUUAGAUGCAGUGCUUUUCCCCCUCAAAAAAUGUUUAGGGGUACUUUCAUUUUCCUACCCAUAUUGUAAUACUGCCCUUCAAUGAGGCCAAACUUAGAUUCACAAAAUGUUUAGAGGUAUGCGUACCCCUCCCCCCUGAAAAAAGCACUGUUUAGAUGUGUUUAGCAGUUUUUAGAUCUUUUAAAUAAGUUGUUGUUGUUGUUGUUGUUGUUGUUUUAUUUGUACCCCACCUAUCUGACUGGGUUGCCCCAGCCAGACAGGGAUAUAUAAAAGUAAUCAAGGCGCAUCUGUAGAGCCAGAGGUUCCCCAUCUCUGCCUUAGGCCUAAGAACAGGUAGAGGUACGUGGCCUAUACAGUACAUCUCUAUGGAUUCUAGUACGUUUGCCUCUUUGUUCUUGUUUCUGAAUUGUCUUCUCUCCCAAUGCCAGGCAGCCCGACAAGCUGGUUGUGGUCUGGACCCGAAGGAACCGGAGGAUCUGCUCCAAGGUGUGUUGACUUUCUCAACUACAGCGGGGUUUGGCCUCCGCCUUCCCCAACCUGGGACCCUCCUGCAGCUGACCGGGGUGGAUGGAAGCUGUAUAGAUCAAAACAUCUGGCAAGCCCAAGGUUGGGGAAGGCUGCCUUAAGGUGCGGGGUCCAAAUCCCAGCAGAAGCUGCACCUCUGGACGCACCAGUUGAUGUCUUAGCUUGUUCUUAUCUGCUUUUCCACCUGCAGGCUCAUGGCUGGCAGCCAGGGAUCAAGAACCCCUAUAGGGGUACUGUGGUGUGGAUGGUACCUGAAAAUGUGGACAUCAUGGUGACGCUUUAUCGGGUAUGGCAGCCACAGUGCUGGGAGUCUGUUGUGGGCUCUAUGACUGACACAAGGAAGGCCUUAGGAGGAGGAAGAUUUCUGCCGCAUCCACAUCACACAUUUAAAAUGCUAUGAUACCAUUUUAAACAGUCAUGGCUUCCCCCAAAUAAAUUAUGGAAGCUUUAGUGUGUUAAGGGUGCUGAUUAUUGCUAGAGGACCCCUUAUUCCCCUCACAAAGCUAUAAUUAUCAAUCCUUCUUUACAUGGAACUCUGGGUAUUGUAACUCUGGGAAGAGGGUAGGGGUCUUCUAACAACUCUCAAAUCACUUAACAAGCUACCAGAAUUCUCUGGGGAAAGCUAUUUACUGUUUAAACUGGUGUCAUAGUGCUUUUGUUUUCCAUCAGUGUGGCCUUCGAUAAUGCAUUUUGCAAAAGAAAGAGGGUCGUGCGAUUGUACAUAGACUAUAGUCUACUGUACAAAGUUAAUAUUUACGUUUGUUUUUCUGCCUAUUUUCCCACUGGCCCUGCCCACUGCUGGCAUGUCCCCACUCCCCACCUCACAGAAUUUUGCCUAGACAAGAAUGUGGCCCUCGGUUCCCCACCUUGGAGAGUCCAGUCCAGAGCAGGCAAUAUUGUGCUAGAUGGAUAAACGGUAUGAUCUCCUAGAAAGAGGCUUGAUUAUCCUAGACGGAGGGUGCUUGUGAUCAGAUUGCAGCCCUAGGCACUGUAUGUUCAGACCUCCACUCCAGGUGACCUUCUUCUCAUUGCUUUUCCAGGAUCCCCAUGUAGAGGAAUAUGAAGACAAAGACUGGACCUUCGUGAUUGAAAACGUAUGUGGAAGUGAACCUGUUUCUGGGAGCCUCAAAUGUGGGCCUUGGUGGGCCUGGGAAUAGGAACUGGGAGGAGGCAGGGGUCCUUUUGUCUAAAGCUGUGGGCAUCUUUUCUUGCCAGGAGUGUCCCUUGCCCAGCAAUACAGACCUGUAUUAAUUGAGUUCUAAAAAAGCAAAAGGAUGUCCUCACCUCAGGCAGCAAUGGCAGGCCUUGUCAAUGUCCCUGAUUUUUCACUCUGGGGUUGUGGUUGUGAUGCCGUGCCAGUCUUAGUGCCUCUGGCAGCUUACAACUCCAUCAAGGAUCUGUGUGUUCCCUCUCUCCCUCCCAGCUCUGUGAUCCUGUGGCCAUUUUAAACUAUCCAACGGGCCGCCAUGUCUGAAGUGGAGCUGACUUGCAUCCUGCUGCUCCAAAGAGACUAGAACUGAAUGGGUGGAAUUUGCAGAGAAACGGCUUCCUAUGCCAGGCUGUUGGACAGCAAAGCAGGCUGCCUCAGAUGGCUCCGGGCUCUUUUUUUCUGGAGGUUUUUAGGCAGAGAAAUGUCAUACAGUGGUGCCCCGCAAGACGAAUGCCUCGCAAGACGAAAAACUCGCUAGACAAAAGAGUUUUCCGUUUUUUGAGUCGUUCCGCAAGACGAAUUUCCCUAUGGGCUUGCUUCGCAAGACGAAACGUCUUGCGAGUUCUUGCGAGUUUGUUUCCUUUUUCUUAAAGCCACUAAGCCGUUAAUAGCCGCUAAGCCGCUAAUAGCCAUGCUUCGCAAGACGAAAAAACCGCAAGACGAAGAGAUUCGCAGAACGGAUUAAUUUCGUCUUGCGAGGCACCACUGUAGUUGCAAGAUUCCUGCAUGAUCUCCAAGGCGCCUUAGAACUAUAGAACUCUAUGAUUCAACCACUGAAGGCCCCACUGUAUGAGCCAAGAAGAGAGUCAAGACAAGGAAGCAGGGAUGGGCAAUCUCAGGCCCAAGGGAAUGAGAUGUGGCCCUCCAGGCCUCUCUGUCUGGCCCUCAGAAUUCUCCUCAGGCCACGCCCCUCACACACCCCAAGUGUUCUUGCCUGGCAGGAACGUGGCCUUUAAACUGACAAAGCCUCUCACUUGCCUGGAUGGAGGGUAGAGAGAUGGGUAGGGACAUGUAGAAACUAGACUACUGCACAAAGAUAAUAUUUACAUUCAAGGCUCCUCCCACAUUUACUGAGAUGUUCCCUCCGGGAGGUUUCCCAAAAGGGAAAGCAGCCCCCAGGCUGGAAAACAUUCCCCAGUGUUAAAGGUGGAAAGGAAGUACAGUAUUUUGACUUGAUCCCAGGCAGAUGGUGGCAAUGAGGGCAAUUUUCUGAUAGCCAGAGACAUGAGAUUGUGGCUGAGUAUGAGUUCCUAAUGGCAGGGAGGAGGCAUGCAGGGAUAAGGUGUUUGAAAGCCAUGCAUUGUGGGAGGAAUAAGGGGCAAGUAGGAAAGGCGAGUUUGUGAAUAUGUGUGCAGAGAGAAUGUCAGUUGUCCUAAGCGGAAAUCAUGACUGUUAACGCCCUCACGCCAGGAAUCGAAGGGGCACCGGAAGGUCCUGGCUUCUGUGGAUGUGAACCUCAAGCGCUUUGCCAGCACCACACCGACCCAAGUGGACCUGAAGCUGAAUCUGAAGCCGCGGUCAGUGAAGGUGGUGGCCGCCACACUGCAGCUCACCCUCUCUUGCGUCUUCCUCCGGGAGGGGAAAGCCACGUGAGUGUUGCCUUUCGGGGAGAGGGCUGUGGCGGGAGGACCUCCUCCAUUUUAAAAAUGAGGCUAUCCUGGAAUCCUUUGUUGCCCUCUCUCUGGGGAAAGCACCAUAGCACUUCCUUGGCCUCCAGAAGGUCCUUGGUUCAAUGCUUGCCGUCUCCAAUUGGAAGGCUCAGGUGGAAGAAGAUGGGAAAAGACUCUUGCCUACUACAGACCCUGGAGAAUGGCUGCUAGUCAGAGCAGGCAAUAUUGGGCUAGAUUGUCUUGGCCCAAAGGUAGCUUCGCAUCAGGGCCCAUUAACUCAGGAGAUGGAGCACCUCCUCUGAAUGUUGAUAACAAUCUUUGGGUUGUAGGGGAUGGAAAAGGAAGGCAGUUAGCGAGACAGGAACUUUGGAGAGUCACCACUAGACAGAAUAACAUUUAUUUAUUUACUUAUUUUGCAUCCUGCCCUUUACCAGCAGGUCUUGGGUGGUUCACAACAUAAAACCAUGAUAUAAAAACACAAAAUCGAAUAAAUUAUUAUUUAUUAGAUUUAUAUACUGCCCCUCAUCACCCCUUAUCUCAGGGUGGUCCACAGGAUAAAAUGCAAGGUAAAAAACAAGUUAAAACAAAACUAACUAAACAACACCUCCCCCUUCCCACAAUCACAUUUAAAAGGUUGUAGAAUAUUAAUCAGCCAAGGGCCUGUUUGAAGGAACAUUUUCGCCUGGCGCCUAAAAUACAUACAAUGAGACUCCAGGUGAACCUCCCUGGGGAGGGCAUUCCACAAAUGCAGAAAAGGCCAGUUCUUGUGUUUCCACCCUCUGAGCCUCCCAUGAAGAAGGGUCUCAGAUGAUGAACGCAGAGUCCAGGGUCGGUUUAUAUGGGGAGAGGCAGUCCUUGAGGUAUUGCGGUCCUGAGCCGUUUAAGGCUUUAUAGGUCAAAACCAGCACUUGGAAUUGGUUGAAGAAAGGACUUGGCUAGAUGAAUAAACAGCUUCCUAUCUUCCUAUAGUAAGAUCUACAAUAACUGGAUUGGCAUCCAUUGUUCAGGGAGCAGGGGAGUCACUUUUGGCCAAAAAUGUCCUGGUGAGGGUGGAUGAUGGAAAAGCAGCUGCCUUCUUGUGACAUUCCUUUAACCCUUUCACCUUUGCAGGGAUGAGGACAUGCAAAGUCUGGCAAGCCUGAUGAGCGUCAAACCCUCCGAUAUCGCAAACCUGGAGGACUUCGCUGACAGCGAAGAGGAGUCAGAGGAAGCCCCGAAGAAGAGCCGCCAAGAGGAUAGUGCAAGCCAGGGGGCAUCGUCUAAAGGUGGGGGGACCCUUCUGUGCCAGAAACCUCACUUUUCUUGGGCCCAGCCCUGCAGAUCUCUUUCAUCAACGAAAGAGGGAUGCCAGCAUUUUCCCUCCAGUCUUGGAAGUCGCCCCCUCCGUCUCCACUCCUGGUUCCUGGAACCAGAGCUAAUUGUUCCUUGCUAGAGCUUGAAUUGGAGCGAGCGAGUUGCUUGGGUUUUGUCAAAGUUCACUUUAGUUAACUUGCAGGUGAGCUGAGGUCUUUUGUGGAGCUUUGGCCUGGCCCAUCAGCUCUUGGUUUUCCAAGACUCUUUGUAAAUAAUUAACUUGCUGAACCACUGAGGUCUUGCCAUAUGUUUUUACUUGGCUCUUAUCAAGCGUAGUUUGAAUUGCCAGUGCAGUUGCUUAAGAGAAAUUAAUGAAAACGAACCAAAGCAAAAGGGUGGCCAAACUCUAAACCCAAGGGUGGGGAACCCGUGGCCAGAUGUUGCUGGACACCAGCUCGUAUCAGCCCCAGCCAGCAUGACUGGUGGUCGGGGAUGAUAAAGAGUUGUCAUCCAGCAACCUUGAGGUGGGGGGCUGCUGGUUCCCACUCUCUGGUUUAGGUUUUAUUGUUUUCAUUAUGUUUUUAUUUUUCUGUGUAUUAAUCUUGCUUACUUACUGUCAGCUGCCUUGGAGACCUGAUGUCGGGUAGAAAGGCAUCAUAUAAACAAAUAAAUGUGGGAGACUAGCACUAAAACAGUAGCUUAUCGCCGAUGGCCCUGACCAUUGUCCCUGUUGGCUGGGCCUGGUGGGAACUGAAGUCACAACUUCUGGAGGACAGCAAGUUUCCCAUGGCUGGUUUAGGGUUACAUCUAUGAGCCUUGGGCUUAUGUACUUCCCCUUCGGGAGAUUGGAAUAUUUUCCUUCUCCUUCAAACUCAUCCAAGCCUCUUUACAUCUGCUCUUGGGGGAACUCUGGUUAGUCUAUGGCUAGUUCAGGAUCAAACUGUGGUUUAUGAUUCUGGCUUCUUCAUUAUCUAUAGUUUAAACUAACCAGUGUUUCCCUGACUUCAUACCUAUGUAACAGGGAACUUUGCUUAGUUUAAAAGCAGAAGUGGCCAUGCCAGAGGAGGAGAGAGGGAAGGUUGCAACCGUUGUUCAGUGGAGCCUUGUAAAAAAAGCUCAUAAAAGUUACUAGGCUGCCAUUUUUUACUAGCCUGCUAAGAAGCUACCUGCUUGCAUUUCCAUGCUCUCCCUGGAGGAGGAGAAACAUGUAAAUACAGUGAAAACCAAGCUGACUAGCAGAGGAGGGAUGGAGUGAACUAUCCAUCUUCUCCUAUCCCACUGCGUUUCCAUGCUGGUUGUGCUGGGUAUACUCUGUACUUCCUCUUCCCUCAGAAGGUCAGGAUCCAGAGGAUGAUGAGAAAGAUGCUUCUCUGCCUGAGACCCCAAGAACCGCUGCCAGUCAGAGCAGGUCAUACUGGGCUAGAUGGAGAAAAAAAAUCUCACUGGGUAUAAUGCAGGUUCUGUCCCCACUUCCUCCUAUUGGACAGCACAAUCACAGAAUUUCCCACCCCAUCAAACAUCCAUUGGCUUUCUGGACUCUCUUUGCUUUUCCUUCUCAAGAGAUACCAUGUCUUUCUUGCCUGGCUGGGAGCAUCGUUGUGCUUUUCAAAUGUCCCUUUUCCAAAUUUAAUUACUCAUGCAUGCCCUGCCCUCUUCCUAGAAUCUGCUGUAUCAUUGCUCACCUUCCCCCACAGUGCUUCUCCACCAGUGAUUUCGCAUUUGCUUCUGCCUUUAAGUCACUCUCUCUCUCUCUUUAUUCUCUGUCUGUCUGUCUGUCUGUUUCAUCCAUUCAGGAUUUCUCCAAAACGUGUUGACGGACUAUUUUGCAGGUAGGCGUAGGCAGACGCCCAAGGUUUGCUUAGCACCAUUGAACCAUCGUUUUCAUAAUCUGGCUGGAACCCAACCUCUGUGACUUUCUCCCAAUGCAUACUGGGGAACUUGUGACUCAUGCUCACAAUUGUGGCUGCUUAUUCGGAGGGUGUUGCCUGUUGUGGGUUGAUUAGCAUGCAGCAGUGAAUGAUUGUGAUUGUGUAAUGCAGGCUUCCCCAACCUGGUGCCCUUUUAGAGCAAGGCCAGCGGAUGUAUUUUAGCAUAAGAGGUGGUGUUCUAUUUUGUGUGCAUGAGAGAGAGAUUGCAAUCUAAAUCAGGGGUUGCCCACAUGGUUCCUGUGGGUGCAGUGGCGCCCUUGAGGUCAUUCCUGCUGCCCACAAAGUCUCUUGAGCCAAUUAGCAAGGCCUUUUGAAAAGUACAUACAGCUAAAGGAGGAAGUUGGAAGAGUGGCACUCUUUCCCACUUCCUCUUUCAGCUCUAUGGGCUCUUCAAGGCUCAGCUUAACUCCACAGAAUCCGGCUUUUACCCAGAUCUCUUGAAAAAGCAAAAUGUGAGCAUGUGCUCUCUCUGCUGCUCUGCCAAAGAGGAGGGUGGGGUGGGGCUUGAUGUGGGGAAUUGGGAGAGAAGUGAAUGGAGGUGACCACAGCAGUCGCUCCAAAGGCCAAAUAUGAUCAUAAUUGGUGAUCCCUCGUCCAAAUGAUGGCAGUAGUAGGAGAGGAAGGGGACAAAAUGAAGAGGUGGGCUGGAUUGCAAGGGCCAGUCCUUUGCAAGCCUGUGUUGUGGUUUCAUUUCAGUUGGGAAGGGGCUCUAAAGGAUUGAAGCUUCACAAGGCAAGAGGGAGAAAGAGAGAGCGGGCAGCCUUCUGCGAGGGAGUUCCGGGCACGAAUAGCAGUGUGUUCUUGUGUUGUUGUCAUUGUUGUUUCCAGAGGGAUUCUUUAGCUCCGCAUUUCCUGCAUCUAGCAGGGGGACUAAAAUGACUGCAAAGGGACCAGGUAGUUUGGGGGCUGCUCUGGGAGUGUUUGGCAUUCGGUACAGGCAGUAGAUUAAGAUUAGAACAUGUGAAGAGCUCUAAAGCUGGAUUAGGCCAAAGGCUGGGGGGGGGGUUGCAUCUGGUCCAGCCCUCUGUUCUCCCAGUGGCCAACCAGAUGCCUCAAAGGGAAGCCCAAAAGCAGAAGCUGAGCACAACAGCAGCUUGUGACCCCCAGUAACUGGCAUUCAGAGGUAGAAAACUGCCAUUGUGGCCAGUAGCCAUGGAUAGCCUUAUCCUCCACGAAUUGUAUCUAAUCCCCUUUAUCUUUCCUCCUCCUCCUAAUGCAGACACUUCACGGGAUCUGAACACUCUGGCCGAGGAAGAGGAGGACCCGUCUGCUCAGAGCACAUUGGCAACAGCUGCCCCUUCCAGGAAGGAAGGUAAGCGGGAGGAAGGAGUCUGCCUACCAAAGGUUGCUGCAUCCCUUGUUCUGCAGGGGUGUGGGCUGGGCAGAGGGGAGAAGUCGGCCACAUCCACACCAUACGUUGAAAGUGCUGUUGCACCACUUUUAGCAGCCAGCAGCCAAGGCUUCCUCCAAAGAAUCCUGGAAACGGUAGUUUGCCGAGUGUUGUUAGGGGACUCCUCAUAGAGCCACAUGUUCAGGCACCCUUGACGGACCGCAACUCCCAGAAUUCUUUGCAGGGGGAGCCAUGACUGUUAAAGUGAUAGAAGUGAUUGGUGUCAAUAUGAUGCUUUGACUGAUGACUGAAGGGGUGUGUUACUGGCAAGGGUAAGAAGCAGAUGUAAGGGAAGAAGGAGGUUUCAUUUGUGGUAAAAAGGGUAAAGGGACCCCUGACCGUUAGGUCCAGUCACAGACAACUCUGGGGUUGCGGCCUCAUCUCGUUUACUGGCCGAGGGAGCUGGCGUACAGCUUCUGGGUCAUGUGGCCAGCAUGACUAAGCCACUUCUGGCGAACCAGAGCAGCACACACAAACACCGUUUACCUUCCUGCCAGAGUGGUACCUAUUUAUCUACUUGCACUGUGUGCUUUCGAACUGCUAGGUUGGCAGGAGCAAGGACCGAGCCACGGGAGCUCACCCCGUCGUGGGUAGAGAGGAUUAAAAAGGAUAAAUAUUUGAAGCGGUCUUUUGCCAGGUCUAGACCCGUGAUUGAGCACCUCCUGCUUGCAGGCCUUACUGGGUCCAGCAUAGGUCCCCAUUUAGCUUGCAGUGUUAUCUUGCAAAAACUACACCUGCUUCUCCCACACCUGAGAAGUUGUCACAUAGAUUGCGGUUGUCAACAAGCAGUUGGCAUCCUGAAAGUGUGCUCCCAGUUGUUUCUUAGCAAGGGAGGUUUGCUAUCACUACCACCAGUCAGAUGAUAGGCAUGAACUUCAAGCCUGCUGAGGUCAGCUGCAUUGUAGAGUGACCUCCUGGGCACUCUGUAGCACAGUCAAUCAGUCAGCUCUGAUCAGCUGUGACUGCAAGCCCUGCUAGGAUCUUCCUUUGAACUUAAGCUGGACUGCGAAGGGAAAAUGGGCUACCUGAUGUUGUGAUGGUAUCAAGUGAUUGGCGAAGUGGACUGUUAGGGAAGCCAGGAUCCAGCUGGGAAAAGGCACUCCUAGCUUAGACCAUCUAGCUCCACAUUGUCUCACGGUGUGGCUCUCUUAAGGGUCCAGGGAGGAAGCCCCAAUGGGAUGCAGAAGGUCCUAGUUUGAAUUCCCAGCAUCUCCAGUUAAAAAAGAACGUAGGAACGUAGAAAGCUACCUUAUAUGGAAUUAGACCAUUUGUCCAUCUAGCGCUGUGUUGUCCACGCUGGCAGGCAGCAGCUCUCCAGGCUUUCAGGCAAAAAUAUACCAAGAACAAGAACUCCAACUUAAUAACAAGAACUCCAACUUAAUAACAAGAACUCCAACUUAUUUAAUGUUUUUUCAGGCAAAAAUAACACAGAAGAAAGCAUUAUAUCAGGGAAGGUUGCUUUGCGAAAAAUGUGCAGCGUGUUAGGCAAAACUGCACACGAGACUGUGUCUAUUAGGAGAAACUUUGCACAAAAUGCCAAUGAGUUUUCAUUGUUUUUUGUUUUUUUAAUGCAAACUGAUGUGGAAACAGAACUUCAGAUGGGGUAAAUGAGAAACUGAAAGAAAUGGAUAUAUAGAGUUAGCAAAAACUAACAGCAGCCAUAAGAUCCCAAACAAAUCAAAAUUUAAAAUUAGAAUGGAAUUGCUUUGAAGAAUACAUGGAAAAAUACUGUUCUAAAAAGAAUAUGUUAAUAUGCAUAGAUUAAAUAUGUAAAGUAGAUGUAAGAAUAUGAAUAAGUAGGUAAAGCAAAGAUGAAAAUGAAAUCAGGAAUGGUUGUAAGAGAUGAAGAUUCUUAGAAAUGCAGUGAAAUAAUCAAAUAAAAAUUUAAGGAAGUCGAGCCAUGGUGGAGGGAGGUCAUGGGGGUGGGUAGGGUGCCUUUUUUGAGUUUGUAGGGACUAUAUGUAUAAUAUGUAUAUUUGUGUUGUUUGUUGUUAUGUGUAUUUGUGUUAUUUAUUUGAACUUGUUGAAUAAAAAGAAUAAAAAAAAUUUUUUUGUAAAGAAACUGAAAGAAAUGGAUUUUGACUGAUUUGCCCAUCCCUCCCAACACCUGAGCUCUUCUCUCUUGCCCCGUAGCUGUUGCUGAGGUUCCCAAGAAACCAUUUGGUGCUGUUCCCAGUGGCACCAUUGCCCCCUUGGACAGCCUUCCACCUGCGGCAGAGCCAGCCCCUCCCAUCUCUGGGGCGGCACCCUUUGCAGUAAGUGGUGCAGAGUGUGCUGGGAGUGUGGGGCACGGAGGGGCAAGUGGUGUGUUGCCAGGAGGAGCGACUGGCCCCUCAGGAGGCCCGGACACCCGGAACCAAGCUGCGGGGACUUUCUCAGAGUUGGUACAGGCAGGGGCUGAAGAAGAGAAGGAAGAGAAAAGACCAGAACUGCUCUGGGGACAGCUGGCGCCAUUGGACGGCACAGAAGUUAGGUGAGUGCUGCUUUAUCGGGAGACGGGGGAAGUUGGACAUCUGGGUCCUGUCGCAGAAUUUGAAAGAAGGAGCAUCUGUUUGGGUUUGAGCAAAGGGACAAGAUGCGACAUUGCGUGCAUUUCUCGUGGCUGCUUGUUUUUCUCUCUGUCUUAAUAAUCGUCACUGAUAAAGCUUCCUUUGGGGUGCAAAUUUGGUGGGGUUGAGGUUUUUUAAAAAAAGAAAAAUGGGACUGUGGAACAGAGGAUAGGCUUAAAUCCCCCUUCCGUGUGUUCAAAACGGUCCCAAUCCUCUCCUUUCUGCUACAACUUCUAUUGUUAAAAGGGGUGGGGGAUGAAUUUUAUUUGAGAUCCACAUCUGUUUUGGCCCUGGGCUCUGUUCUUUGCUCUUGCUUUCAUGCUGUCUCUCCCUCCACAUCUACACCAUUACAUUCAAAGUACGGUGCUACCUCGGGUUAAGUACUUAAUUCGUUCCGGAGGUCCGUUCUUAACCUGAAACUGUUCUUAACCUGAAGCACCACUUUAGCCUAUGGGGCCUCCUGCUGCCGCCGUGCCGCCGGAGCACAAUUUCUGUUCUCAUCCUGAAGCAAAGUUCGUAACCUGAGGUACUAUUUCUGGGUUAGCGGAGUCUGUAACCUGAAGCGUAUGUAACCCGAGGUACCACUGUACUCUUAUAUCACUUUAACCAUCAUGGCUUCCCCCAAUGGAUCCUGGGAAGUGUAGUUUGUUAAGGGUGCUGCUGAGAGCUGUUAGGAGCCUUCCUCCUCCCCUCACAGAGCUAGAGUUUUCAAGAAUCGCUCUUCUCUGAGGCUUCUAGCCCUGUGAGGGGCCCCCUGACAACUCUCAACACCCCAAACAAACUACAGUUCCCUGGAUUAUUAUUAUUUUGGGGGGAAGCCAUGGUUGCUUAAAGCAUUAUCAUAGCAUUUUAAAUGAAUCAUGCAGAUGGGCCCCCCUUCCUUCCUUCCUUCCUUUCUUCCUUCCUUUCUUCCUUCCUUUCAUGCUCUCGUUGGACACAGGAAGUGCAGAGUCCCUCGUGCUUUGUUGUCUGCCUGAUCCACCGAGGAAGGCGCCUCUAUUUAUUUUGGGCGGGCCUGAAAUGCAUGUGGUAGCAAAGGAGCAAAGUGAGACGGACAGCUGCGAGUUUUGCUUCUCCUUUCUUUGGGUGUGAAGGUGCUUGCCAGAUAUAGCUGCUUGUCCCUGCUACCCCACCCCCAAGGCUAGGAAGAAGUAAGACUGUUCCACUCACAGGAAGAAAAGAGAAGUUUGCUCGCAGGAGGAACGGGAAGUGAGAGGCCUCUCAGGGCAGGGAGGGGUUGGGGGAAUUCGGCUGCUUAGAAGGACGAGGGUGGGGCUGGGAAGGAAGCAGGACACUGCACUGCCCCAUUGCAAAAAACAUAUUCCCUCCUCCCCAGCACUGUUCUUUAAAAUGAGUCUUGACUACAUGGUUUUGCUUAGGUGUGUGGGGGAGGGGGCAAUUUCAAAGCCUCCAUAUACCAGUUGUUGGGAGUCUCAAGCUCAGGUCUUGCUUUCAGGCUUCCCAUAGUGGUCAUCUGGUUAGAUUAGAUCAAGGUUUCCCAAAGGGUUUCCAACAGUUGUGUUUUGGGGUUUUUUUGGACUACAAUUCCCAUCAUCCCUGACCACUGGUCCUGCUAGCUGGGGAUGAUGGGAGUUGUAGUCCAAAACCAGCUGGAGACCCAAGUUUGGGAAAUCCUGGAUUAGACAAAUUUAUGGAGAGUGAGGCUGUCUGUGGCCUCCAGGAUCAGAGGCAGGAUGCCUCUAACACACCACUUGCUGGGAAUCACAAGCAGGGAAAGUUGGUGUUGCGCUCUAGUCCUGCUUGCUGGUUUCCACUGGUCUCCUGCUUUGCCUCUGUAGGGAACUUUAAAACAACAGCAACAAAACCAAACCCCUUUUGUUACGAAGGGCUCUGGGUUGUUGUGCAAGAGGGCAGUCAGUUGCUCUGAUUCACUUUGUGGUAGCAGAUUUUGCACGAGUUUCUCCUUUUCUUCUCGUAAGAAGAGCCUGGCUACUUGGUCAGACUAAAGGGCUACCUAGUGUCCAGCAUCUGGUCAGAUGUCCCAGUGCAGGGACCCCUCUCCAAUGCUGCUCCUCAAAGAGCAAUGCCACUUCUGAUGCUGGAGGAGAUAUAUCGUCACCGUGACUAGUAGCCAUCGAUAGCUUUACCCUCCUCAAACUUGUCUAAUCCCACUUUAAAUAUGCCUGUAUGGGUGACCGUCACUGCAUCUUGUUGCAGUGAGUUCCAUAAGUUUAAACUAUUCCAUAAGUUAGCUAUUUUAUUUGCAGCAUUUCUUUGCUGCUUCAUAACGUAAUGUCCUCUGGGCGCUUUGAAAUAAAUAUGUAGAAAGUGUUUAAUAACCUAAAUGGAUGGGCAGCAUAAUCCCUUGCAUGGAUCAGUGCUCAAAUUAUGGUUGGAGGAGGAGCUAUAGGGUCCCAUAAUGAUGCCCACAAGUUCCAACUCAGUCAUAUCGUACCCCUCCCUUGUUAACUUUUAAGAACAGUCACUAAUCUAGGAGGAGGUGGGGAGCAAGUUCCCUUUAUCUCCCUCCAUAAUUCAAAUACUGGCAGGAGUGAUCUAGAGCUAGCUUUGGGCAGGGGUCAUUUGUACAAGAACCUGAAGUUCUUACUAUUCUUACUCUUAUUCUUAUUAGAAUGUGUGUACCACCCUUCAUCCGUAGAUCUCAGGGCGGUUCACAACAUAAACUUGCAAUAUAAAAAAACACAAAACACAUAUUAAAAAUAAGAACAAAAACUCCCACAACACAUUUUAAAGGACAUCCGAUAUAGUCGUUUGAGUGUGGCUUACAGUGCUUAGAUGGGUCCGUUCUACACCAUAGGAAUGCUCUGAAUUAAGAAUGGGGAAUUUUUGGCCCUCUAGACAUUGUGGGUCUCCCAACUCCCAUCUUUCCUUACCUUUGACUUUGUGGACUGGAGCUGAUGGGAGCUGGAGUCCAGCAACAUCUGGAGGGUCUUUGGGAUGAAUAAUUCCAUCCACAAAGAACUGGGGUAGCCAAUGGUCAGGGGCUGAUGGGAGCUGUAGUGCAAAAACAGGAGGACUGCAGGUUUCCUAUCCAUGUCAUUGAGGUCAUUUUUCUGACUUGCUUUCUCUGCCCUUGUUUCUCCUGUUUCCCCACCAUGCCUGUCCUUUCCAUUUCUCUCUGGACUUUUGCACUGUCCUGUACCAUUUCCCAAUGCUUGCUUCUGCUAACCUGCAAAAAACAAACAGGGCUGCUGUUGCCCAGGGUCAGUCUAGAAGGCAGCAGUGUUGGGGAAGUGAUGGUUGUUGUUUUUUGCAUGCCUGCAUGCACAUGCAGGCAGUGAAGUGGGUCUCAGAGCAGAGAUGGAGAGUUAGGAUCCCAAGGGAGAAUGCUGGUAGGAAAACAGAAAAGGUUGAGGCUGGGAGACAGUGGUGGCUCCAUCCCAACUCUCGCCCAGGAAGGGGUUUGAACUUUUUGUUGGCUGAAGAAAGAUGUGUUGUCCUUUUGGGGCCAAUUUCUCAGGACUUGCCUUUCUUGCUUGCUUCCAGGCCUGGCGAUAUCUGGAAACCCAGAGAGCAGAACCCUCUUCCUGUGCCACAGAGGAGGAAGAAGAGCCCCCUCAGGGGACCUCCAGGCCCCACAGAUUUCCCUCUCUCGCCUCCGUUGGCACCUGAGGCCCCCCCCGUGCGGAAACGCAGGCUGGAGAAGAUGCCGCUGUCCCCAGAGUCUCCAAUCCCCUCGGCAGAGGUGGACACACCUUUGGUGGAGGACAGCUCCAACCCCCUCAGCGUGCCCUGUGCCCCAGAUAGCCCACCUAGGGAAAGACUAGGCCGCAGGAGCCUGACAGAAAGACCCUCCUCUCCCACCCAUGGUUCUGUGGUGAUGUAUUUUGCAGAAGACUCAGCCCUCGCUGAACACAGGCCCCUCCUAGUCACCGACAACGCAGAGUCCAUGGGGUCGUCUUCGGAUGCGGCCUUCAUGGCCUUGUCUCCCCUCAUGGGGCCUUCCCCCAUGGCUGCUUUUUUUGGAGAACCUGCUACUAGCGCAGCAGGAGAUCCAUCCCUGUUAGCAGUUGCUCCUGUCUUGCCUGGUGGGGGUAGCACUGUGGUGAAGAUGGAGCGAUGGGGAGGGGGGACAUGGACUCCUGGAGAUGGCAGCCUGCCUGAGGUACCUCCGUUUGGCCCAGCAAGGAGUGGGGUGGAGGAGGAGGAGGGGGUUGCUUUUAAAGGAGAGCUUUCUGAUGGCGAGCUGGGCUGUGCAGUGGAAAAGAUGCCCCCUUUGGAACUGGAGAGGGAGCAGAUUGAGGCUGAAACCAGCCAGGAGGCAUGUGAAUCUGUUUCUGUUGAGGAGGCUCCUAAACAGGAGGAAAGUUGGAUAGGGGACAAAACAGAGAUGGGCUGUUGCCAAGUGUCUGAGGGGCUUGAAGGCCCCAGCCCACCAAUAAGCCUUUCCCCAGAAGCGCCCCUGCAGCAGGUGGAAUUUGUGCCAGAGGAAGAUUUGGCUGGGGUGGGUGGCAGCGGCCUUCAAACCUUGCCAGACUCGCCACUGUCUCCUGCAAGGGAGGGCAGGGAAGAGGUGAGCAUGGCAGAGAUGCCCAUCUCAGUCCUCACUUCCCCUCCCAGUCCUGAGAGGAGUACGGAUGUGGGUGACAAAAUGGCAGCUGCUGAGAGCAGUCUCCAAAGCCUGCCAGAAGGCUCAGCGUUUUCAGGACUGGAGGAAGGAGAGGCAGGUGAUGGGAGGAAUCCUGAGGGGAGAAGAGCUUCUGGAGGGACCUUUCAGGAGGAGGCGGCUGAAGAGGAAGCUGCUCAAGUGGAAGCUGCUCAAGUGGAAGGUAUGGCUUCUGAGGAUGGAGAAGAGCAGUGCAAAGAAGAACACAGCAGAGAGGAAGGGCCGGAAGGUGUUCUGGAGACGGCGGCAGCAGCGGAGUCGCACAAGCCAGAUGGGGACAGGAGGAGUGAGGCGUUGGGCCUGGAAUUUCCAGAGAGCAGUGCCCCCAGCUUAAAAGGGGCAGGGAUGGGCCAAGAAUGGCUGAAGAGCUGCAGUCCGUCAGACAGCGGAGAGGUCAAGGCAGAAAAAGCAUCCAGCACAGAGGCAGAUAAUUUGCCGAUGAAGAACGAAGAGCAAGCGGUAGUCUCGACUGAAGCUCCUCACCCCCCAAGUCCUCCAUCACCUCAGGCCCCUGCCUUACCUCUCCCAGCUCCCCGCUCCCUCAAGGAGAGGAGUGCCCGGUCCAGCCAGGAAACUCUGGCACCAGUCCCCCCACCCCGUGGCACAGCAACAGACCUUGGAGCUCAAGGCGAAUCCCAGGUACAGAAGGCCGCGCCAUGCCAUCCUUACUGUCGACAACCCAUGGCCAAUUCUCUCCCCUGCUUUCUCAAUGUGCAGCUAACUCAGGUUUUGUUGUGGGACACUCCCUGCUUUGUAUAUAAAGAAGUGGUGAUAGGAGGGCCGAGGUCAGAGCAUGGUGGUUGGAGCCUUGUUGUAAGAUAACUUGAAACUAUGGGAUCCCAGAACCUCAUUCCUUUUAAAUGUGUUCGAUUCUGGAGCAGUGAGUGUUGAACCUUACCAGUUAAACUGGGUGUGGGAUUUGGAGCAGGAAAGGUCCUGCUGAGACAGAAGAGGCAGAGCUCAUGAUGGCUCCUAAUUUCCUCCUGUGGGGAGGGGUGGCAGGAAUACAGUGUAGAGCAGAAGACCUACAGAGACCCAGCUGGGGCUCCCAGCGAUCAUAGCAUGCUGCAGAGGGACAGGUGAAGCAGCAUGCCCCAUGGCCACUGCCCAUGGGCAGGUUCAGGGAUAUUUGCUGGUUUGUUGCUUGCAUCCCGGCCUAUAUAGAAAGCUGCCUUAUACCAAAUCAGACCCUUGGCCCAUCAAGUUCAGUGUUGUCUCUGCAAUGACUGGCAGUAGCUCUCCCAAGAUUUCAGGCAAGCAGGGAUUUCUCCCAGCCCUAUCUAGAUAUGCUGGGGAUUGAAACAGGGACCUUCUGCAUGCAAAGCAGAAAGCUACAGCCGUCCUGCAUGUAUAUACGUGUUUGUGUGUGCUUCUGUCUUUGUGUCUCUGUGUUGGUUCCAACAAGCUCAGUAGAGCAGAUUGGCCAACAGUACCAUAUCCCACGCAUGGCAGUACACAAUAGUAAAAUAUUGUCAAUGCCAUGUUGUAAAUGGAUAGGUGUGCAGGAAAAAGUAACAAUAGUAGGCAGAAAAACAAUAGAAUUUAUUUUUUUAAAUGCUCGAUGCAUCCCAAACGCCAGGGCAAAUGGAAAGAUCCUUUACCUGGUGCUUCAAUGUGGGGAGCACCUGAGUGUUAUUUGAAAGGGAGUUCCAUGACUCGUGUAUGUGUGUGUGUGUGUGUGUGUGUGUGUGUGUGAGAGAGAGAGAGAGAGAGAGAGAGAAUGAAUGAAUGAAUGGCUGAAUGGCUGUGUUGCUGUCCACCCAGCAGAAGCUAAUGCUGGGACAAUGAGCCCAGCAUCUUGAGCAGACCUUAAUAGUUGCAUAUCCAUCUUAACCCUUGUGCAUACUGAAAUGCUGAUAGACCCAAUUAGCAGUGGCUGGAUGGCAUGCAAGCGCCAUCUUCACUGCUACUUUCCCCAAGCAUUGUUGCUCCCACCAGCCUCGGCCAAUGUGGCUGAUAGCCAAGAACGAUGGGAGUUGUGGCCCAGCAACACCCCACUCAGGACCUAGAAAGUUUUGCCACAAUUGUGGGUGCAGGGAGGGAGCUAUCCGUGUCCCUUCACCCAGACCCAUGACCAGCUUCUCCCCUCCCCUACCCCACCCUUUUUAGGUUGACUCCCCCACCAGCCCAUCGCUUGUGAGUUCCAGCCAGUCCUUGCUGGAGUGGUGUCAGGAAGUGACGGCAGGCUCCCGGGGCGUCCGCAUCACCAACUUCACCACGUCUUGGCGCAAUGGGCUGGCGUUCUGUGCCAUCCUCCAUCACUUCCACCCAGAGAAGAUGUGAGUUGUUGUCUUGCGUGCAGAGCUCCUGUUCUGAUGGGAGCCCAUGGUGGCGGCUGCAUGGCUGUUUCACUGUGGCAGAGAACUGACACAUAAGGGAGCUGUCCUGAUGGCAGUCCCAAAGGACUAGUGUCCUGCCUGUGGCUCUUGCAGUUAACCUAGUUAAAGAAUGUUGUCUGGAUUCAUUAUCUCUUCUAGAAGAUCAGUGUGGUGGAAGCGGCUUGCCUUCUAUCAAGUCACAUCAUUGGUCCAGCUAGUUCUGUAAUGCGUAGACUUCCUGUAGCAGGAAUCUCUCCCAACCCUACUUAGAGACGCCAGGGAUGGAACCUGGGACCUCCUCCAUUGAAAACCCUUGAACUAUGGGCCUUCCCCGUUGAAUUUAUGUGCAUUUGCAUGUUCCAGAAACCUCAACAAAUCUGCCUUUGCGGGGAUGCUGCAGGAAAUGUGAAGAACUUGGGAAUCUGCCUUAGGAUCAUAGAACUGUAGAAGGGUCGUCUAGUCUUGCAAAGCUAGGCUUGCAGGGCACCAUGAAUGAACCCCUCAAAGCCGGCCGGCCAAUGGGUAGGGGUUGCUCCAGCUGUGCAAAAGGCUUUGUCGGAGAGCGGAGAGCCCCCUGUGAAUGGGGUGGGGAGGAGGGUGUCUACUGGCCUGAGCAAUGAAACAUCCAGAAGCAUAGGGAUAGAAAAGAGAUCAAGGCACCCAGGGAUAGACUGUUUUAAGCAGAGGUAACGAGAAAAGGUUGGGGGUCAUUGUGGCAGUAGGGCCAAGUACGGACAGUGGUGGUGGUGAUGAUAGAAAGUUUUGGGGUCCCAGGUGAUCCAGGUCAAAGCCUGCUCACAGACUUUAUGCUUCUCCCCCCUUCCCACCUUCAGCAAUUACGAAGCCCUGGACCCGCUUGAUAUCAAAGAGAACAAUAAACUGGUGAGUCUGUAGCUCCAGCUUUCAUUGAGCCAGAAGAAAUUGGGCCAGGCUGUUACAUGGACAUGCUUUAGAGGGACACCUUUAACAUAGGGAGGUCCCAAGGCCUUGUUGGGGAGAGGUUCGCAUCCUUAGCUGAGCUAUUGAGUUUCUGGGUGGCCUUAAGUCAAAGUUACUCAGCCUAGACAACCUCACAGGGUUGUUCUAGGGAUAAAUAAUUCAGAAAACUUUGGGGUGGCCCAGAGUGAAAAGGACAAGACAGGUGCAGGAGGCCUCUGUUUCUCUCAGCCCUCCCACCUGUAAAACAGGUAAUAGUGUCAAGUUGGUGUAGUGGUUAGAGUGUUGGCUUACUAGUCACCUUGGGCCAGUCAAUUACUCUCAGCCUACCUCACAGAAUUGUUGUGAGGAUGAAAUGGGGAGAACUAUAUAUGCCACCUUGAGCUCAUUGGAGGAAAGGUGGGAUAUAUAUAUAUAUAUAUGCAGAAAAGUUUUUUUAGCCCUUGAAAAAUGCAGUAGGGGAGGAGAAGGAGAGCAUGAUGUUAACAAAUAAAACCCUGCUGUGGAAAAAGCCCUUUGGUUGGGAAAAGGCUUUAACAGGCUCUUUGAGUUCCUCUCUCUUUCUCUCCUUCCGUAAUCAGGCCUUUGAUGGCUUUGCCUCACUGGGGAUCUCCCGGGUGAUGGACCCUGCCGACAUGGUUUUCCUGGCUGUGCCCGACCGGCUAAUCGUCAUGACAUAUCUGUGCCAAAUCCGGGCUUUUUUCACCGGGCAAGAGCUGAACGUGGUGCAGUUUGCCGCCAACAGCAACCAGACCACCUACAAGGUGGGCAAAUUCGACACGGACUCGUCUGGCUCCAUUGAUCCCGCCGACUUCUACUCCCAGCACCUCCACGUUGCCGCCUCCCAGACAGAGCAGCCCGGUGGGUCGGGCGCAGAGGACUCUGGGGUGGCAAAGGCAUCCAGCACCAUGCCAGAGGAAGGCCAGAAGCCAAAGUUGGAGGAUGCUGCCCCCGAGCAUUCUCAGAGCGAGGAGAAGACAGAUGCUGCAAAGGAUUCUGGGAAGGCAGUUGUGACAGAGGACAAGGUGGCGGAAGCCAACAGUGCUGAGCCGCUACAGCCUGUGGAACUAGAUCGGGCCCAUGAGGCAGUGAACAUGGCGGAAGCUGACAAGAAGGGAAUUGUCAAUGGCGCAGUCUUCAAGCCAGCCGACGAAGCCACACCGGAGCCCCUCAGAACGGUGGACUGUAAAGCUGAGGGUGUGAAUUCUGAUGAGAAGGCUGUGGCUGAGAGUACUGCAGACACACAGUCUCUUCCCACUAAGGCGGAGGCCUCCCAAUCUGAUGGGAACACACUUGUUAAUGGCACUGCAGCCGAUUCAGCCACGGAAUGUGGGGUCAGUUUUCAGGCCCAAGUGGAUUCUAGGACUGAGGCCCCGAAGCCUGGUGCACAAACAGUGGCUAAUGGCACUGAGGCCAGUCAAAACCCUGAAUGGCAGCAGGAAGAGGUCUCUGCCCUGAGCGACACUGAGACUGCUGCCUCAAAGCCCGAUGGGAAGCUGCUGGCCAAUGGGGCUACUCUCGCUCAGGGUGCGGAAGCAGAGGCUUCUGGGACAGAAGCCGCAAGGCCUGAGGGGAAGCCGCCCACCAGCAACGGGGAGAAGCUGGUUCCCCCUCCGCGGCUGAAGCGGAUUGCGUCGCGGGGCAGCAUCGAACGCCCCUUGCAGCGUGCACUGUCCACAGGGAGCCAAGGCCCGGUAGCCCCCCCACGCUCCCACGCUGCCAAGUCCACCUUCGCCCAUGUGCGGGAUGCAGACCUGGUGAAGAAGCGGCGCUCACGGCUCAAAAGCGAGUCCCUGUCAAUGGACGAAGGGGAGCCGGGGAGCCCGGUUGAGGACCCUGCCAGGCGGCUGGCCAUGGUGAGUGGAGCUCCCAAGGAGACACUGGACAAGCUUGCUUGGGUGUGUUGCCGGGUUAAUGUUGCAUGGCCACUUUUUUAUCGUUGCGCUUCUGGUUUUGCUAACCCCUUGCCCUGCUGAACUAAGAGCUUUUAUAGCAUGGGAUGCUUGAUCUAGGAGGAUCUAACCUAGGCCUGGCUUUGGCCCUGCAACUGCUUCAGAUCCAAGCUUUUGGCUUUGAAAAACAUGCUGCUGUGGAGAGAGUGCUGCUGGGCACGUGCAGAGUUGCAUUUCUAUCAGCACAGCCACAGAUACCUAUUUGGCUUCCAGGCAGCAUUGAACUCUGGCACUGGUCUCCUGCUUUUGAAAUUUGGCGGUUGGGUUUGAUGGACAGGUUUCGAGAACUGGGCCAUUUCGGCUUUCUUUUGUAACAGCUGCCCUCCUCUUGGAACACUGCUUGAGUUUCGUGAAUCAAACUCGGUGCAUUGGUGGUGUGGUGCUGUCCCGUGUCUUGGAAGUUUAGCUGCGCAGCCUUUGAUUCCUUCUAACCCUGGUAUUAGGGACCUUGUGGCCCUCCAAAUGUUCUUAGACAGCAACUUGUGUCAUCAUUGGCCAUUGGCUGUGCUGACUGGGGCCGAUGGGAGUUGCAGUUAGGCAACAUCUGGAAAAGCUGCAGGCCUCCAUGUCUCUGCCCUAACCUGAUUUUCUGCUCUGUUUCUCAUUGGCGAAUGGGUUGUUUUGUGUGGUUUUUGCUCUGUCCACAGAUGAACCAAUAACACUGUUUGCAUUGAAAGCUUAAAAUUUUGUGUGCCUCUCACUACUAAUCAUUUUAUUAAUUAAUAAAAUAAAAACUUAUUUCUCCGUACUUGGGGUAUGCGUGCUUGUGCACGAUAUCCAGCCAUUUUAGAUGGCAAAGUGAAUUGGGGUACUGUAGCUGUGUGAGGGGAAUUGGAGUUCUCCUAAUGACUCUCAGCACCCUUAACAAACUACAGCUCCCAGAAUUCUUUGUGUGGAAGCCAUGACUGUUUAAAGUGGCAGUGCAGUGCUUUAAAUUUAUGGUGCGAGUGUGGCCAGAAUCUGUUUUAGGUAUGUCUUGUGCAGGGAGGGCUGGCACUGGGGUUGGUAUCAUGAUGCAGCUGCCAAGGCCUACACCCCUGCAGAGGGAAGACUGUCGAUUCUCAGAGCCUUUUGGCCCAAAAGGAAAUGGGGUGGGGGGAGCCAUACAGAGGCCAUCUUGAUGGAAACCUGGAGCUAGCACUGAUCUUCUGCUUCCCAAGUACGUGCCUUUUAUGUACACUGCUUCUAUGCUUGGUUUGCUAAUUUUAGUGCAGGCAGCUAGGCUGGAUGCACCUGCUGUAAAAUAGUCUGCUAGUAAUGGGCUGUAGGUCAUGUUUUCAUCUCCAGUUCAAAAGAUCAGGAAGGAGGUAAUGGGAAAUAUACUCACCUCUGGCAGACACCCAGGAGAGCAGCUUCCCGUCAGAGCAGACAAUAUCAGGCCAGACGGAUAAAGUCUGACCUCUCUCCUUUAAUGCCUUCAUCACCUCUCUGCAUUUGCAGCUGAUCAGAGCAGCUGGCAACACCCCUUACUGGCUGGUUUCUGCUCAAGGCUUGCUCGCUUGCCAGCCAUCUCUAUGUUUCCAUGUUCUUUUACGAAUGUGCCAUCGCAUGGUGAAAGGGUAAAGACCAUAGAUCUGUCUAGGUGAAAAUGCUGACUGAAAACUUGCAAUUUCUCACUUCCAGACGUUGCAUUAAAACAACUCCCAUCAGCCCCAGCAAAAAUGACCGACGGCCAAGGAUUAUGGAAGUUGUAGUUCAGCAACGUUUAGAGGGCCAAAGGUUCCCCACCCCCUUAGGGCCCAUGCCUGGUUUAAAUGUAUAAAUUAAACACUUGCUCUAGUGCUCUGUAGCAGCUUGGGAGCCUCCAGAUAUCUUGGACUCAACACCUGCAAGGAGGGCUGGGGCAGAUGGGAGUUGUAGUCCAAAUCUUCUCGUGCACACCAGGUUUGGGAGGUUGGAGUGCCAACUCAUGAGACUCCAGGUCUCAUCAGCCUAGCCAAUAUGGCACAUGGCCGCAGGUGAUGGGAGCUAGGCUCCCACAACAUUGGGGGGGGGGGAGGAUGCAGCCUCUCCACGUCUGUCUCCUGACUCUGUUCAAUAUUUUUCAAAGAUGAAAGUUACAUGACUGUUUGCUUUGCUGAGACCCAAUUUCCCCUCUCUCUUUCUCUCUCCCUCCCUCUCCCAGGAGGAUGUUAGCGAUGGGGGCUCAAGACCCCGACCAAAAGUUCAGCGGCACCCAGGUGAGUUUGGAUCCUUGCAGAGUUGGUAGGCUGGAACUAAAGAGGUGGGCAGCUUGCUUUUUCCUCCAUCUCCCAACUGUCUCUGAAGGGUCCCCUGCAUAAGCAGGUGCUCUGGUCUGAAUACCCCUUCUAUCCACCCCAGCCCCACAAAAAAACUUGUAAUUAGCUCAGACUGGUUAUCUCUGGCUCUCUUCUUCACAGCCCCUCCAACUGCUACCUCCCAGGAACUGCCCCAGGACACCAGCCUGAAGAUCAGCACCAAUGAAGAAGAGAUUCUGGUAAGAUAUGGGAAUAAUUGGGCCUCAUGAGCUUAGAAUCGCAUUUGGAGCAAGAUCUGAUUUAAAACGAAACCGCCUCAUUUGAAAGCAGCCUUUCUCUGAUUAGCAGCUGUUUCAGCUGGUAAAAAAGGCACACCAGAAAAAGGAAGCUAGUCCCCCUAACACCACAGCUUUUAUAAAAUACACAUCCCCCCCCCAAAAAAAGUGGAGACUUUAAAUCCUAAAAUCUGAUCCACCUCUGCCCUCUUGGGUGUCCCUUUUUGCCUGGCUGGGGGCUCUUUAACAACGGCAUGAAAAGCAUGAAUAACUGGAGCCUAUUAGCAGCUAUUAUUAACCAUUUAGUUAAACAUAACUAAAUAGAGCCUCCAUGUCCUAAGGCAACCUACCUCUGAUUUCCCAGAUUAUGGGGACAAACCGUAGUCAAAAUUCAGCUCCUUGUGUCCAUGAGCUUCUCAGAAACAUUGGGCUGACUACUGCUGAAUAUAAGUGUCCUGAUCUAGAUAAAACUUUGGUUUAACUCACCAGAGCGGUCCUCCAGUAAUAGGAGAUGAGCAACAUAUAUUAGACUAGGUUCUUCUUAGCUGCAGUUGUGUUGGGCAGCUCAUUCAGAAUCCUAAGAAACUUGGCUUUAACACUUGACAAGUUUUCUAGCUCUUAAGGAAGGUGUCCAAGAGCACAAGUCCCUGCAGGAAAUUGCAUGGCCUUAGGCCCUUAGGGGAACCACAUGACAGCUGUGAUGCAUAGGAAGCCGUUUCAGUUCCUACUCAGACCAGCCAUGUUCGUAGCGAGUGAGUCAUCCAAGUUCCUUUAUUGGAAACAGAAACCUCAAAAUACCCCAUAUUUGCCCAAAAGAUGCUGAUGUGUUGAGGACGUUGCCACCAUCUUAUGAGGAGGGUUUUUUCCCAGGGGGAGUGGAGACCUUGCUGUGUGAGUGGGUGGCAGCAGAGUUUGGCAUCGUGGCACAUACAGGCAGCCCCAGGUGGCAUAUGGCUCUUAGCCAACGUCCAUGCCUCCUAGGGGCCUCUUCCCUGCUAAUUGGUGCUGGAAGCAGACCAAUUGCCUGCCUCCCCCAACUCUCACCAGUUAUGGGGGGCUAUUGGCUACAAUGGUUGCAUUCGCCCUCCAGUGUCGGAGGCAGUUGCUGGGAGUCUCAGGUGGAGAGGAGAGAGCUUUUGCACUCACGUCCUGCUUGCAGACUUCCCAUAAGCAUCUGGAGAAUGCUGUGAGAUCAAGUUGCUGGACUAGGGCCACAUUCUCACCAUAUACUUAAAGUGCUAUGAUACCACGUUAAACAGGAAUGGCUUCCCCUAGAGAAGCCUGGGAGCUGUAGUUUGUUAAGGGUGCUGAGAGAUGUCAGGAGACCCCUAUUCCUCUCCUAGAGCUACAGUUGCCAGGAUGGUUUAACACUCAAUGUCUCUUCAUGGGGCCUGCCAUCCGAUGUCAAAGAGAUAAAUAGUUAUGCGACUUUCCUUUGACACCUGAAGGCAGCCCUGUAUCGAGACACCUUUAACAUGAGAUGUUCUGUUCUGUGAUUGUAGUUGUUGCUGCUGCUGUGUUUUUGUAUACCCUGUUGGAAGCUGCCCCAGAGUGGCUGGGGCAAUCAAAUCACAUGGGUGGGAUAUAAAAAUUACAUUUGCUCUGUGAGGGUUCUCCUAACAACUCUCAGGCCCAUGAAAAAACUACAGUUACCAUAAUUUUUAGGGGGGAGGUAUGACUGUUUUAAAGUGGAAUCGGGCUUUAAAUGUAGGGUAUACAUGUGGUCUAGAUGAGCCUGUUACUUAAUCUUGCAAACUUGCUCUUGCAUUCUUCUGGUUGCCUCUGGUGUGGGGGAAAAUCAAUUGCUAAUUUCAGGAGCCAGGCUUAUGUGAAAUGGCCCUUUAGUUUUAAGAUAGCAAUUGUUGUUGGUUGGUUGUUCAUUGCCUGCCACUCAUAGCUGUUCUAGAAAGCAUAUGAGUAACCCAGGAGAGAUUUGGGUAGCUAAUUCUACUAACCGUGGGAUGGGGCUUGUUUUCUAGGCAGUUCGUGGUCUCUCCUCUCUUUCUGCGUGUUACAAGAGAAGCGCCUCGUAACCAUGAGGCAAAUCUCAUGCUUUGCAUGCAGAAGGUCACAGAUUUAAUCCUUGACAUUUGAAGGAUCUCAGAUUGCAGAGCUGCGAGAGAUGCUACCAGUUAAAAGUAACUAAUACUGGGCUUGAUUGAUCAAUGGCUUGCUUUCCUACAAGGCUGCUUCAUCUGUUGCUCAUAAUCAGGGCCUUGCAGAGCCAGGCAGAAGCCCAGGCCAGGUAGAUAAUGUGCCCCCCUUUUUUUUACUCUGGGUAUAGCUGAAGUCUUAUAAAUAAGUAUAUAAAUAAUUUUCAUAAAAGUUAUACUGACAAAUAAUUUUAUUUCAAGGCCUGAACCAUCCGCGUUCGCCCCAGUGCAUCCCCUGGGAUUGUGAAUAUGCUGACCAAGGCCCCCUUUGGAAUCGGAGACCCGGGCCAAGUGGCCCAUAUGCCCCCCCCCUCUGUCUGGGCCUGCUCAUAAUGUGCUUUACUGUUCCUUCUUUUGAAAAUGUCCAAAGCCUGCAAAGCCUCUCCUCAAAGAACAUAAGAAGAGUCUGCGAGACCAGGCCAGUGCUCCAACUAGUUCAGUAUCCUGUUCUCACAGUGGCCAGCCAGUUGCAGGACCCGAGCAUGAGAGCCUUCUCCCCUGCUGUGGUUUCCAGCAACUGGCAUAGCUGCCUUUAACAGUGGAGACCGAGAACAGCCACCUUGGCUAUAAUAGCCAUUGAUAGCCUUCUCCCCCAUGAAUUUGUCCAAUCCUCUCUUGUUUUUUAAUUACGGUAGUUUUUUAAAAAAAAUUCUUGUGUUACAAAACAGACAAGGAAUAUAGCAUCUUCUUUUUUGAUUCAUUGAGUCUUAACGCCAUCUGCCUAAAUAGUUCUGCACUGACAGAAAAGUAGAUUUUUCAGUGAGAAUAAGUUGCACCUUCUUCAUUUUUCUACAGCUCCUUUAAAUUGGCAAAGCACUGAACAGCCUUUGUGUGGGAGUUUUUUUCUGCACACAACCACCCUGUGAGGCUGGCCACUGUUGUUCCAGUUUUAGAUUGGGCACCUGAGGCUGAACCGGAAUGCAAACUUGCCCAAAGCCACCCAGUGGCAGAGGUGGGACUUUUAACAACCAGAUCUCCCAGAUCUGAAAGUCACACUCUCACCACUAGGAAGCCGAUUGGGAUAAUCUGCAGGUAACAAAGCGAGUUUGAAUGUCCUCUUGUAUAUUGGGUCCUGUUUUCGUCUCUAGCAAGGCGUUUUUGCUUUCUGAGAUAUCAUUUCUGUAGGCAGCAGUCUAGCUCUUCCCUGCCCCAUUCCAUGCCCCAGGGUGGCAUUCACAUCCCCCAUUCAAGGACAGACACCACCUCUAAUGACUGCUGUGGUUUCACCCUAGAGAUUCCAAGACACCAGCCAGUAUGUGGUUGCUGAACUCCGGGCUUUGGAGAAUGAACAGCGGCAAAUCGAUGGGCGAGCAGCUGUGGUGGAGAAGGACCUGCGGGGCCUUAUGGAAUCAGGUAGGAAAACUGGGGACGGGAGCCACCUCGGUGGGUAGAGCAUCUGCCUUGCAUGCAGAAGUUCACAGGUUCUGUUCUUGGCAUUGCCAGGUAGGGCUGGGAAAGACCUCUGCCUGAAACUCUGGAGAGGGAGCAACCUCAUGGGCAAGAGUGGUCAAGCCUGCAGAGACCUUCCCCGCAUUUUGCUGCCUCUGUGCUGAGGGCACAAUUCGUGCCCGUGCAAAGUACAUUCCUGUGAUGGGGAGGGAGGGGGAGGGUAAAGCCUCCCCUUCCUGCGUAUCUAAAUACCCCUGCUCACCCCAGGCCCCACCCACAGAUAUCCAGUGACAUGCAACACCCUUACAAGCCUGUCAAGCACUCAUUCAUUCUCACAUGUGGCCAGUGCCAAAUUUACGUAUAAGCUGAACAAGCUAUAGCUUAGGGCCCCACUCUCUUGGGGGCCUCAAAAUAAAAUUAAAGGGGGGGACUGGAUGUACAUUUCCAAUAUAUAAGAUAAAAAAAACAAAUAAAAUAAAACCUACAUACAGCAACAGUGGCAAAUGGCUUUAGGUCCAUAAAUUACCAUAUAGCAUAUAUUCAACACAAAAAACAGUGACAAUUUGUUGUUGACAAAGGGCAGCUGGACAUAUAAAGGGCCCCAUUACCUUCAGUAGCUUAGGGCCUCAUCAAACCUAAAUCCAGCCCUGCAUGUGGCCCUUGGGCAGGGACUCAUUUUCAGCAUUGAUCGGUGCUGACAGCAAGUCCCUCUAGCACAGCCACGAAAGUGGGCUUGCUAUCAGCGCUGAUCGGUACUGAAAAUGAAGCCCUUUGAAAGUGAAACACUUGCAAGUCCCGCUCAGCAUUGAACAGUUGGCAGCACGCUAGUUUUUCCUUUGCAGCCCUGCCUUUUUACGCCCUACACAUCUGAUGUCACAUAUGGCUUUAAGGGUGGGGCAAGUUGCUCAGAAUUGUAAAAUUCUCGGGAGUGACAAAUGUCCAAAUGUUCCAGAUGUUGGGGAAGACAGAUCCCCACCCUACCUCUCUUCCCCUGAUCUACUUCAGGUGCUGACAAACUGAGGGAAGAGGAGCUGAUCCAGGAAUGGUUCACACUGGUGAAUAAAAAGAAUGCACUUAUCCGACGGCAAGACCAGCUGCAAUUGCUGUGAGUGUGGGAGGGGUGGGAGGAGAAAAUGGCAGCACUGAAGGGGGCGGGACUUCCUUACUCACUGCUUGAUGGAGCAUGAUGGCUCGCUCAUGUGAUCCAAGGCCACAUCCACCCCAUAUGUUUAAAGCACUUUAAAUAGCCAUGGCUUCCCCCAAAGAAUUUUGGGAGUUGUAGUUUAUUAAGGGUGCCAGGUGUCUUUGGUGCACCUCUGUUCCCCUCACAGAGCUACCAUAUUGGUUUUACAGCGAGUGUCUCUUUCCCAGGAACUCUGGGAAUUGUAAUUCUUAGCAGCUGCUGCUAAGAGGAGUUACUGGUACUUUUUGGGUGUCUGAACCCAAACUCUUCCUUUAUUCUCCAGGAUGGAAGAGCAAGACUUGGAGCGGCGAUUUGAACUCCUGAGCCGUGAGCUGAGAGCCAUGAUGGCUAUUGAAGGUGAAGACUUGAAAACCAGGGUGGAGGACUGGGAAAGGGGGCCUGGAGGGGAAAGGGGCCUGGGAGGCUGUGUCAGAGCUUCUCUAGUAUGGCCAGUUUGCUGGGUUGUGUUGCCCCCUGGAGCAUUUCCUGACUUGGGGAUGUUGAUGAAGAAGGCAGUAUGGAGAGAUCUAGGAAGUUUGGCGGCAGGGCAGGGUGGCAAAAUGAAAGUUCUGUUUCAGUGCUCCUUUUUUCUUUUCUUUUUUUUAAAGUUUAUUCUGCCAUUUAUUCUGUGCUUUGUUUUUUAUUCCAAUGUUUUGGUUUUCUCUACUGCUGUUUUCAAAAUUGUUCUCUUCAGUCUUCAGAUGUUUUAAUCGUCCUACAGUGUGUGUGUGUUGCGUGCCCAGGUUUAUUUGCGGUUUUUAAUAUAUACAUGUACAGUGGUGCCUCGCAAGACGAAAUUAAUCCGUUCCGCGAGUCUCUUCGUUUUGUGGUUUUUUCGUCUUGCGAAGCACGGCUAUUAGCGGCUUAGCGGCUAUUAGCGGCUUAGCGGCUAUUAGCGGCUUAGCGGCUAAUAGCGGCUUAGCGGCGUAGCGGCUGUAAGAAAAGGAAACAAACUCGCAAGAACUCGCAAGACGUUUUGUCUUGCGAAGCAAGCCCAUAGGGAAAUUCGUCUUGCGGAACAACUCAAAAAAUGGAAAACUCUUUCAUCUAGCGAGUUUUUCGUCUUGCGAGGCAUUCGUUUUGCGGGGCACCACUGUACAUCUGUAUGUGGCUUUGUAUAUCUGUGGUUUGGAAGGUGGAUCAGCCUUUCUUGCUAUGCCUCUCCCCACUCCAGACUGGCUCAAAACAGAAGCUCAACAGCAGCGGGAGCAGCUCCUUCUGGAAGAGCUGGUGUCGCUGGUGAACCAGAGGGAUGAGCUGGUGAGAGACCUGGACAUCAAAGAGAGGAUGUGAGUGGCUCAUCUCUUCUUUGGAGUGUGAGGGAAGAUGGAUGCUGGCAGUUAAAGCACAAGGGGGAAGCUACCUUCCUUCCCACCAGGGACUACAGAUGUGUGAGAAUGGAAGUUGGGGGUCCGCUGGUAUAAGAACUUCUCUGGUGCCUGUUAAUCCUCUUGUUUGCAGCCAAAAAGCCUCAUUUCCCAAGCUUUCCUAGACUCUGGGCUCCUGAUACAAGGACCAGGUCUUUCUGAGCACUCAAGCAACAGCAAAAGCACCAGUGCCUCUGCACAUGUGCAGAGUACCUUUCCGCUUUGUAGCCACAUUUCCUGAUCCAGGAAUGCAUGAGCGUUGGAAUUUUUCCUUUUUAGAUAUUAACCCUUUGGUCAGGAUUUGGGGAAAGGGUUGUGUGGGGGGGGUGUUUGAUGACAGUGAUGACACAUGGGGAGGAGACCUUUAUAAAUGGGAAUACUGUGCAAACACAUGCAGACACACACACACACACACAAAUCCCCAUUUCGUUUGGCUCCUUGUCCUCGAGGCUCAAUAUGUAACACUCAAUUUUCUCUAUUGUCCUUGCCAUGUAGCUGCAGAGAGAAACUUGUAUUGACAAGAAGAGUUAAUAUACAGUAUUCUUAAAAUAUUGAGCAUAUUUUAAAGUAUAGAAAUGAGAAUAGUAAGAUAAUAGGGGUGAUGAGGUACCUGGAUAUCAUGCCAGCUUUUAGAGAGACUCGUUUCAUUGAAGUAGGUUGGCUAUUGUGCCCUGCCCUACCCUGCCCCGCCCCCCCAGUAAACACUGAUGUUCCCGUCAAAUGUAAACAUUGGAGACCAGAGUUUGUUUCUGAAUGGAACAUCUAAAAUAAUUUGUUUUAAAAAAUCAGGGUGGAGGAUGAGAGGGUUUUACAAACUAUUAAGGACUAGAACCUUAAUUUUUCCAUUGAUUUCAUGGAACCAAUUCUCUUUUUGGUUUUGGUUUUCUUCGAAGCAGGUUGGAGGGGAUAAAUGUUGUUAGCAAGUGAAGGACAAACGUAAUUCCACCCCUCUUGAAACUUCAAGUUUUUGCUCCCUUUCUAAAAACAAAACAAAACACUUGCCUCCCUAGGGAAACAUGUCUUUUAAGGUGAUGGUUGCUAGUUGAGGAGGGCGAAUGUUCAGAAGGAUGGCAGUUUGCUGAUAAAUGGAAGUGGUGCAACGAUUAAAAAGUGUGAUCCUCUCUGCAUCACAUUUGCUCAGAAAUAAGCGUUUACUGUGUUUAGUGAAUGCUGGAAACCACAAGUGGGGAGAGUCGCUGUUGCACUGAGGUCCUGCCUGUCAGUUUCCCAUUUGGGGCAUCUGAUUGGCCACUGUGAGAACAGGAUGCUAGACUAGAUGGGCCAUUGGCCAUCUGGGCUCUUGAUAGGUACUUAUGGAGCGUGGGGGGACUCAACCAGUUGUUGUCGGUGACGUGGCUCUACUUUCUACCCACUAAUGGUGCUUUUCUGUUGUUGUUCUUCCCCAUUUCCGCCUGCCCCCCUCCAACACCACUUUAGAGCUCUGGAAGAGGACGCCCGGUUGGAACGGGGACUGCAGCAGAGACGCCACAAGCUCAGCCGCAAGGAGAAGUGCCGUGUCAGCUGAGAUGGGCCGGUGCAACUUGCCUCUUCUCCCCGCACUCCCCCAUACAUGGGAUGGCAGGAGGCACAGCACACGAGAGCACUUCUGCCACUCCUAAGGCAACCCCAGCCCUAAAUCCCCACUAGCCAUUGGGAGGGCCUCGCCUGCCAUGCCACAGCCUUGCUGGAGCACGUCAUUGCCCACAGUCCUCUGGGGGGGCCGCAGCUGCUUGACUGCUCAUGCCAAAGAGGGGUGUGUGUGUGUUUGUUUGUUUUCCCCCACUGGGGCAAGGGAGAUCGUCCAAACUCUUCUUUCUUUCUCUUACCCUAUGUCCAUGCCCUCCCCAGAGAAGAUGCCACUUUUAAAGGGCAGUGCCCAUGUACCCUGGUUUACCUGGAGAGGGAAGAAAUCAGCUUUUCAAAUUCUCACACUCCAAAUUUUAGGAACGAUAUUUAUUUUUGUGUGUGUGUGUGAUUUUUGUGUGCGUGCACAUGCAUGUGAGCUGCUCUUUUGGGUUUGAAAACGGGUGCCUCCUCCCCACCUCUGCCGUUUUUACAAAGUUUAUUUGGCUCUAUUAUUUUUUAAUGAUCAAUGUUGUUGGUCGAUGGUACAAAAGCCACAAAGUGCCUUGAAUACUCCUAAAGCCAGAUGUGACAGUGGCCAACUUCUCUCUGCCGCCCCCCCACCCAGUUUUGCACCUCCUCCUCAGCCCAGUCGCUCCCUGGUUAUUUGCACUAAAUUUGUACCAGAGUUUGAAAUAAAUACAUCAAAAGACAC